AAAUACCUGAUUGCAUUUUUUUGAAUUCAGUAUUCACUGUACAUUGUACGAAUAAUCCACCACAAGGAUUUCAUCUUGAAUUUUUUCAUCUUCUAGUGCAGUUGUUGAUCUAUUGCAGUGAAGUGUUUACAUCAGAUAAUGGUGAAAGUGACAUUGUGUCGUUUUAUAACAUGGUCGAUAUUGUGUCAUUUCAUAACAUGGUCAAUGGUGUUUCUCAUAAAUGUUUCUGAGUCACGAGGAGAUGAAUUUGAUGUUGAUGAAUCUGAGCAGCAAUUUCAUCAACCAACCAACCAAAACGGUAACAAUUUUGGUCGCUAUGUUAAACAUCGCUCUACCCCCAGCCAACGAGCAAAACAACAGUGGAAGCUUAUGUUCGGCAUUAGCAAGAGAGAACGGAAGAUGUUAGCACAGGUUCCUAUGCACGUGCGAAAAUAUUAUGGAGUUUCGACAUUUGAUUUUAAAAUGUAACAGAAUUAUUGAUGAACCGUGAUCAUAAUGACCAGUGAUUGAAUAAGGAGCGCUAUUCCAGCUGAGGCUCGCUGAAAACUUCUAUUUUGUUUUUCCAAGUAGAAAAAAACGUUUCAAAUUGUUUGUAUGCGUGUACUAUUGCUUUAAAAAAAAAAAAAAACUUGCAUUGGAAAUUAUGUUUAAGUACAACUUAUCAUAAUUUUUUACAAGAAUAUUUUCGAUGAAGUAUUCUCAUAAUAUUAUUAAGAUACCUAGGCUACUUACAAAAUUAAACUGAUUUUCAGAAAAUAAUUUCGAGAUUUACUUUUCUCUCCCCCCCCCCCCCCUUAAACAACUGAAAAUCAACGGGACAUUUUUCCAUUAUUUAAAAAAAAAAAAAUCGUGAAAAAUCAAACAGAUACAUAAUUUAUUUUGGUAGGUAGCUUGAAUUUUCAUUCUGAGCGAGACUUGGUGAAAAUAACAAGAAAUAGCAUGAAAAAUUUACCAAUGAGCAGAUGGCAAAACUGUCACCACAUUUUUCUCCAAUCACCGAAUUUAAAAAUCAACAAAACUUCGUGCCAGGUCAGAUUAAAAGAAUUGAACAGAAGAAAAAGCACAUUUACCUGGCACAUGUUGAACAAUAUAGACCAAGAAAAUUCAAAAUUACGAAUCUGGUUCAUUAUUGAAGAUAUUGAAAACACUUGUUCGUUAAGCAUAGUAUAGCAAGUGUGUAUAAUUACCCAGUAGAAGGAACUUUUUUUUAUAAAAGCUAAGAAAACUUUGUAAAAAGUCAAGUUGAACCCACAGACAGCUAGGUAAGUUAGGUACUUUCUUCGAAGACUGCAACUGAAAUCCAUUCCGAAGAAAACCAUGAACUGUAAAAUUUUGAUCAUAAGUUUUCUAGCAUUAUGCUGCAUUCAGCUCGUCUUAGCCGAAGACAAAGAUCAACCAAGGCCACGCAGAGGUAGAUCAGCCAGUCGACCUCGUAGAUCUACUCUUAGUUCAUCAAAAUCUCUCAAGAAAUCUCCACCAUUGAACCCGGCAAUUCCUGGAAUUAAUUUCGCAACCACCGAGUCUUCUCUUCCAAAUGAUGACAAAAUGAAGCUACUGGAGCAGCUCAAUCAUAUCCUUGACGUUCUUGACGGUGGAAAACCAAAUGCAGGUCCACCAGAAAAUGUCAAUGUCGCUGAAGGCAUACCAAUGCAAUCUGCCAAAAAAUCUACCAUCAUCGAGGGUCGAGAUAACAAAAUUCUAGUCGAUGGAGUCGUCAAAUACGCUAAUGCUUUCAGCAAUGGCGACGUUCAGAUUAAAAUCCGAGAUGGUAAUUUCUACGUGAAUAAUAAUUUGGUUUUGAGGAAAGGUUCUCUCGACUCACUCAAAUUCAUCGUUUACUCGAGACAUACGUUCGAUUAUAAAGGAGUGACUUGGUUUACGUGGGAAAUUAAUCCGAAUGGUAGAUGGAGUUAUAAAGAUAAUAAACACGGUGAGGCAGGUAUAAAUUAUUAUACUAGCAUAUAUUUCUAGGCUGAUAUGAUUUAGGUAGCUGGAGAUGUUAUAAAUUGAUAAAUACAUA